AUGUCGGGGAGCCUUUUCGUCGCGGCUGUACCCCUGCCAUGCACGGAUUUCUGCAGUGCUUCCUGGGACUCGUUGGGCAAGAUCCUCUGGCUGCCUGGAGAGGGUUCUCCAGGCAAAGCUCGCUGCAAAGACCUCGUUUGCCCUACGUACUUGGGAAGUCCACUCUUCAACUUCGCACGGCUCCGCCACGCGAACCGCGGCGCUGGCCGCAGCGGCGCCGCUGCCGCGGCGGCAGCGACGAGGAAUUUCUCCGGGCUUCCGAGACCGCUGCGUUGGGUGCACCUUGGCUAUGCGGAGAUGGACAGUCCUUCGAUCCCUGUGCAGUGGGAAGCCUUCUUCGAGGCUUUGGGCAUCAGACGUCUGCAGCCUUUGCCGAUGCCGGCAAGGUUACCAACUACCAUGGCCGAGGAAGAAGACGAAGACGAGGAGGAGGAGGUCAUGUCCAGAACGCGGCUCCCAUACAUUGAGGCUGCGUCGCGGACCGCCAGGAAAGCCGCGGCCCGAAAGCUGCGGGGCCUCAGCCAGACUCCUUUGGCGCAGAUCCUGGAGGUGGUGCCACUAGGACGCCUGUCGCCGGAUGGCCGUAGCCUGCUGCUGCAGCUCCCGUCGGAGGGCGAUGGCGCCGAAUCCCUGGCGCGACGGCUCGUCUCCGCCGACUGGUGGCGUGAGCUCAUGCGCUGUCCCCCGAGCUUUGCCUACGUCUCUGCACGUCUCGGGGAGGGGGAGGAGCUCACGUGGCUGCGCGGGCUGCGCGUGCGACGCGGAGACAUCUCGAGGCGAAUCGACGAGCAUUUCCUCCAGGGAUCGCCCUUGGACUCUCUCGGGGGUCUCUUCGUCGCCACUGCACGGCUGCCUUUGGUCGGGGAAGUCUCGGAGGCUGCUGUUUCCGAGGCCAGGAGUUGUCUUCGAAGGCUUCACAUCCAGGCCGAG